AUGCCGACGACCUAUGUCUCAUCUCAUCCACCUAUCAGCAAAUCCAGGAGAAAACAACCAAACUCCAUACAACAUCUAGAAUAUUUAGGCUUAAACAUCAACUUAAACAAGACCAAAAUAAUGAGAAUCAAUGCACGGAACAACAACCCCGUACAAGUAAAUGGAGAGAAUUUGGAAGAUGUAGACACAUUCACAUACCAGGGCAGCAUUGGAACAACAUCAGGAGGUACUGACGAGGACAUAACAUCAAGAAUCAACAAAGCCCGUCAUGUAUUUGCCAUCUUAAAAUCAGUUUGGACCUCCUCCUAUAUGACCAUUAGGACAAAGCUCAGGAUCUUCAAUAGUAAUGUAAAAUCAGUAUUACUAUAUGGAUCAGAAUGCUGGAAGCUCCGAAAAGACCUCGCAAGGAAACUGAGAAUUUUUGUGAAUCGAUGCUUACGGACCAUAUUUAAGAUCAGAUGGCCAAAAUUAGUGUCUUACAACUACCUCAGAGAGAUGUCAGGACAAGAAGACAUUGCAGUGGAAAUUGUAAGAAGGAAGUGGAGAUGGGUCGGCCAUGUGCUCAGAAAAGACCAGCACAACAUCACCAGAGAAAGUAUUUACUGGACUGCAGAUGGAAAGAGAAAAAGGGGCAGGCCAAAAACAACAUGGCGAAGAACAUCAGAGAAUGAGCUGAAAGAGAUAGUGUUGACAUGGAAGGCAAUAGAAACAAAAGCAAAGGAUAAGAAUGGGUGGAGGGACUGUGUGGCUGCCUUAUGUGCCAUCUGGCAUGAAGAGGCCUAA